AUGAUUGUUCAAAGUGCAAGCGCUCUCAACAGAUGGGCUUUGUCCACGAAAUCGGUGGCUCACGAUGCCGGUCUUGCAUUUAUUAAAACCAGCAACUGCUCAACACACGGAACCGUAGCGAGAGCAGUGGAAUGCCUCAGAAACCUGCCAGCUGAGACCCUGUUUGACAGACUGUAUGAGCUGUCCAUUGCAUCAGCAGCUCGACGCGAAAAACGCCUCGCAUCGCUUUCUCUAGCACAGUGGCCUGUCAAAUUCCUCUCCUCUGCUGCUCAGUACUUCGAGGUCAUCAUGCGUCCCGUUCUUGAUGGCAAAUUCUUACCGGAUUGCCCGACAACCUUGCUCAAGUCCAUUAACGAGAGCCAACCUCCAGAGGUUUUGAUCGGAAACAUGGACAAAGAGGGCAUGUACUGGCUGUUUUAUGGACUCGGAAUAAAUAGCAUCGAUUUCCUCAGUAAAGAAGGCAAUGUUACUCGUCCAACGCUCGAUCAGCUGAGAGCAGUCGAUAUAGAUUUCUUUCAGCUUGUCCAGACUAGGUUCAUGAGUGUGGGCUAUCUAGUUCCUCAGUUUUCAGCAAUCACCACAGCUCAAUAUGGACUAAAUAGCCCUUUCGUUAAACAAAUCACGGGCUAUGACACCGUUGUGCCAUACAAUGAAACAGGGAGUGUGACGGACUUCCUCAACCGACUCGACGAUUUGAGUGGAGAAAUGGACUUUGUUUGUGGCACUCAACUGUUUGCCAAACUGCUUGCAGCCAUUGCGGGUGCGAAGGUGCAGUAUUACAACUUCAUGCACAAGACUGUGGGCAGUCAGUUUCCGGCGUGGGCGGGUGCGAUGCAUGGUUACGAAAUCGAGUACGUAUUUGGCAUGCCAUUUUCGAGUGAAUUCCAGCAGAACUUCUACAACUUUACGGAAGAAGAAAGGAAUCUGAGUGCCACAAUGAUGCGAUACUGGGCAAACUUUGCGCGGUCUGGAAAUGCGACAAGCAAUCCUGAUGGCACCAUCUCUAGUCCAUCAUGGCCAGCAUUUGAUGCAAAUAGUAAAACGUACAUGGAAAUUGACUUGAAUGCGUUGACAACUAAGCAGCGGCUUCGAGAUAAGGGCUGCACCUUCUGGUCAGGUGUUUUCCCAAGCCUGGCAAGGAUUUACCUGAGGCAAACGAGAAUUGAUCGGUUCUUUGGAGCAAAACAACUUAUAUUUUGUCCUCAUCUAGAAGUUGAUCUCUACGCUGUGGAACCUCUGCAACAUUUUGUUAUUGGUGGCGAAUUCAUGAUGAAAGGAACAGAUUACCUCGUGCAGUACAAAGAAACCUUCCUGGGCGCCGAGCUAUGA